ACGACGUCUCUCCCGUUUGGUAGCUUAGCUUACAGAAUCUCUACACUUCAUCACAACAACAUGGCCCCACUUCGAAUAGGAUGGCAUAGAGAACAUUUCCUUUCUCCUCUUUUACAAUUCGCAGCUGAAGAUAAUGGCGAAACUUGUCAGUUGGUCGAAUGUCCAGGUGGGACAGGAGAGAUGCAAGUGAAAUUGAAAGAAGGAGAGAUUGAUCUUUGCAUAGCUUUAACAGACGCUUUGAUAGCUGGGAUUGCCAAUGGUCAACAAGCUUAUAAACUCGUAGGGAGGUACAUUGCCUCUCCCUUAAGAUGGGCGAUAGUGACCGGUACGAAAAGUCCAUACAACUCCAUCGACGAUCUGAAAGGUACAACAUUUGGUAUAUCGCGUCAGGGAAGUGGAUCACAAGUUAUGGUUUCGGUUUUAUCUUUACAGCAAGGAUGGAAGGAGACGGAACAACCUAAAUAUUCCAUCAACGGUCACUUCAAGCCCCUGCGAGAUUCUGUAAACUCUGGCGAAACUUCGGCGUUUCUUUGGGAAUGGUUCACCACUAAACCAUAUGUCGAUUCGGGUGAAGUUAGGUUUAUCGGUUCUGUAUACACUCCUUGGCCUUGUUGGCACAUAGCCGCUUCGACCGCCGCACCCGCUUCAUCCGUCAAAUCUUUCCUUUCCGCCCUCGAAUCUUAUGUGACACAUUUCAACUCGGCAGAGGCGAGGAAGAAUGAAGAUGUGGAUUUCGUGAGCGACUACUUUGGACAUAAGAAGGAAGAUGUGGCCGAAUGGCUUUCCAGUGUGAGAUGGGAAGAAGGGUUGACCGUGGUGAAGGAGAAGGUGGUGUUGGAGACGUUAGAUGUACUGGAGAAAGCAGGAGUAGUGAAGCAGACCACUCCUUGGGCUGUUGACGAUUUUGUCAACUCAGACGUAGCCACGAUAGAGUAAAUGCAUCCAAUUUCCC